UCCUCCCAUCGCACUCCGCCUCCCACGCGGACUCACCUCCAUAAUUGUUUUCCUUUUCUCCCACCUGAUUUUCCGAAACGCACCUCACGUCGUGAUCCUUCUAUAAAAGAAGAGCAAAACCCGUCUCCUCCGAUCUUGGAUUCACCAUAACCUGAUAACCUCCCUGACAAAAAGAGCCGCCUUUGCGUUGCAUUUUCUUCUUCGUCUUUAUAUAAGUCGCAGAGUUGAAUUCCAUCUCCGUUCUCUUCCUGGCUGGGUAGUUUGCGGCGAGCGAAGCGUGUUCUUCUCUUGUCGACAAGAAAGCGCUGUGCUUUCUCUUGCGUUUUUUUGGGUUCUGUCCGGCAAGGUCCGACCUUCCAUGGCCAUCGCCUCCCGCGUCCCGAAGCGCGUGCUGUCCACCUUCGCCGCCGCCGCCGCCGCCGCCGCCGAGACGAAGCUCCCGGAGACGGUUGUGGCCGCCGGAGAGGCGGUCGCGGUGCCGUCGGCGUCCGAGAGGACCAAGGUGCUGGAGUUCGAGGACACCGGGCGGCUGUUCGCCGGGGAGCCGACGUCGGCGCUGGUGCGCACGCUCGCAGCGCUGCAGGCGCUGUCCGUGGGCCCGCUUGUCGACGUCGCCACCGCGGCGCUGCGGUCGCAGGCUGUGGCCGGCAGCGCGCUGGGCCGGGCCGCGGCCAGAGCCACGGCGUACCGGCACUUCUGCGCGGGCGAGACCGAGGACGAGGCCGCGAGCGUCGUGCGGCGGCUGUGGCGCGGCGGAAUGGGCGGGAUCCUCGACUACGGGAUCGAGGACGCCGAGGAUGGCGACGCGUGCGACCGCAACGCCGCAGUGUUCAUCGCCGCCGUCGACGUCGCCGCCGCGCUGCCACCGGGCUCGGCGAGCGUGUGCAUCAAGAUCACAGCGCUGUGCCCGAUCGCGCUGCUGGAGAAGACGAGCGACCUGCUGCGGUGGCAGCAGAAGCACCCGUCGUUCCACCUGCCGUGGAAGGCGCACUCCUUCCCGAUCCUGUCCGACUCCAGCGCUCUCUACCUCACCGCGUCGGAGCCGCCGGUGCUGACGGUGGAGGAGGAGCGCGAGCUCCAGCUCGCCCACGAGCGGCUGCUGGCAGUGGGCGCGCGGUGCGCGGAGCACGGCAUCCCGCUGCUGGUGGACGCCGAGUACGCCACGGUGCAGCCGGCCAUCGACUACUUCACGUUCGUCGGCGCGGUCGAGUUCAAUGGCGCCGGCGACGGCGAGCGGCCCAUCGUGCACGGCACCAUCCAGGCGUACCUCCGCGACGCGCGGGACCGGCUGGAGGCCAUGGUGCGCGCCGCGGAGCGCGAGCGCGUGCGCCUCGGGCUCAAGGUCGUGCGCGGCGCGUACCUGGCCCGUGAGACCCGGCUCGCGGCGUCGCUCGGCGUGCCGUCGCCCAUCCACGGCAGCAUCCAGGACACCCACGACUGCUACAACGGCUGCGCCGCCUUCCUCCUCGACCGCGUCCGCCGCCGCUCCGCCUCCGUCAUGCUCGCCACCCACAACGUCGAGUCAGGGCAACUCGCGGCGGCGCGGGCGCAGGAGCUGGGGAUCGCGAAGGGAGACCGGAACCUGCAGUUCGCGCAGCUGAUGGGCAUGGCGGACGGGCUGUCGCUGGGCCUCCGCAACGCCGGGUUCCAGGUCAGCAAGUACCUGCCGUACGGGCCGGUGGAGCAGAUCAUCCCCUACCUGAUCAGGCGCGCCGAGGAGAACAGGGGGCUCUUAUCCGCCUCCUCCUUCGACAGGCAGCUGCUCCGAAAGGAGCUGGUGAGGAGGGUCAAGGCCGCGGUGCUGGGACGUGAGUGACUGAGGCGAACGGCCGGAGUCGCCGAGGCUUGGAGAAGGGCGAGUUGAAGGCUAGAAGCUGUAGAUACACCCUUCAGUCUUUAGACAUUGAUGUAUCGGGGUCUUCAAUGAAUAAACGAAUGAAUGGAACCAUUUAUACUCUA